AUGAAAGCAGAUAGAACAAUUGAUAAGUACAAGGCCAGAUUGGUUAUAAAAGGUUAUAGAAAAAAGGAAGACCUUGAUUACUUUGAUACAUAUUCUCCUGUAUCAAGAAUAACUUCUACAAGGAUGAUACUUGCUAUUGCCGCUUUGUGGAAUCUAGAAGUUCAUCAAAUGGAUGUUAAGAUAGCUUUUCUAAAUGAAUAUAUUGAUAAGGAGAUUUACAUGGAACAACCUGAGGGUCAUGUAGCUCUAGGGCAAGAAAGAAAAGAUGAUUUUGGUGUAGCUAGAACUCCGAUAGAUAUAAGUCAACAUUUGUCCAAAAACAAAGGUGAAAGUGUUGACCAAGUGGAAUAUGCAAGAGUCAUAGGUAGUCUAGUGCACCUUAUGAGUUGCACUAGACCUGAUAUUGCUUUCAUUGUAAGCAGUUUAAGCAGAUUCACAAGCAAUCCAAGUGAGAAUCACUGGAAAGCGAUUGUAAGAGUACUGAGAUAUCUCAAAUAUUUUCGGAAUUAUGGAUUACAUUAUUCCAAAGAUCUUACUAUGUUAGAAGGAUUCUUCGAUGCUAGUUGGAUAUCUGAUAUUCAAGAUACCAAAGGCACAAGUGGUUAUAUUUUCACAUUGGGAGGAAGAGCUAUGUUAUGCAAAUCCUCAAGGCAAACGAUUAUAACCAGAUCCACAAUGGAAUCUGAAUUUGUAGCUCUAGACAAAUUUGGAGAAGAGAAAGAGUGGAUAUGA